GACAGCUGACAUAAACACGUGCAAUUGUUUUCGUUAGUUUGCUGCGCGUGGUGGUCCGGCAUUCGACUCUCGUUUCUACUGCUGCAAAAAUGGGUAAAGCCAAGAAAUUAAAAACACACCGUAAUAAAACCAACCCUACCGGGUUGAUGGACGUAAACGAACUGAUAGAACAGGGUCUAGGCGGAAGCGAGAAAUCCGGCACUCCGGUCGAAGCUAUCGUGGAGCAGCUGGAGUCGGCCGUCACGGAGGAAAAAAUCUGUGGCUUGCAGUCACUGGCCACUAUCUGCCAGGGCGAGAUCAACGUGGGUGAGCUGGUGGGUAAUAAUGUGAUUCGGAUAGCUUCUUCUUUGCUGGUGGAUCCGGACAAGAGUGUACGGCAUGCCACUGCCGGUGCGUUACGAAACGUUUCGGUGGUCAGUGUGGAGCUGUGCGAAUUCAUGGUCGAUCAAGAUGUGCUGACACCGCUGUUGGCUCUGCUGACCCGGUACCCUAGCAAUGGGCAGUGGACGCCAACAUUCGAUAAGAAUAUGCAGAACCAGAUGGAUGAGCAUUCGGAUACGUUUUUGCAAGCCGUGAAUCUGCUGUGGAACCUGUGUGAAAGCACAUCGGACGCUUUGAAUGCGUUCAAUCAGUCCCAGUUGUUGGAGAAUUUCGUAACCUUUCUUAAUUAUAACGUGUAUGGGCUGGAAAUAGCUAUUGCAGUAGCACAAUGCUUGCUGGUGGUCUCCGAAGACAAUGCGUCAUCCUGGCGGGUGCUAGCAAACCAUGGAUCGGAGCUUACAUCGCUGCUGGCAAUCGAUGUGGCGGACAACUCAUCGUUAAUGCUGCGUACCUUAGCCGCCGCUAUUAUUGGAAAUGUUCCGGUGCUUUUGAACAGUCACACGAGUCAAGUUCUGAUCUGUGUUUCGAAAACGCUGGAAACGAACCAUCGGUCAGCUUUGGGCAAUCUAACCAGUAUGCUUCCCCUUGAACCGCAAAAGGAUGUGGUCGAUUUGGAAGUAACCGAUGACGUGGUUUUCGACGAAGAAACGGAAGCACAAUCGCACCAGCGUCGACGAAAGGCCGAUUUACCCUCGGAGGGAGAGCUGGAAGUGCGCAACGUCGGAAGGCUGCUGCAAGCGCAACGAAUAGCGGCCGAAAUAUUGACCAACAUUUGCUCCUCGGAAGAUGACUGGCAGAGUGAAGGCAACGAAAACGAUGAUAAUGGUGGAUCAGAUGCAGAAAGCGUGUACGAUUACGAUACAAACACGUUGAAUGAAAGCGUAGAAAACACGGACAAGGUGCCGGUAGAAGUCCUGGAAGCUAUCAAAUCGCUCGCACUGGUCGAGAAGUUAUGGCAGAAGGCGCAACCGGUGGCUGAGAAUGUGUACCAAAUUCUGGUUGAGUCGGAGCAGGGCACGCUGAAAAAGCUGGACGGGAUGCGGAUCUCCGCCAUGUUGUGUCUUCACAAUUUGUGCAACAACAUUUCAACGGAGGAUCUGGGCGGGCCAGCGGCUGUCUACAAUGUAUGGAUUGACUUGGGUCAGCAAGUAUUCCAGGGUGAACGUAACGAGAAGCUGCUGGAAGCAUCGACGUCACUGAUGCGUGCUGCACUGGAACAUUUGCGCAAGAGCCCCGAACUGUUCCAGCAAAUGACGGAGAAUGAUUUGCAACUAAUGUUGAACGGCGUGACGGGAUGUGAGGAUGUAGAAAUUCGGGCAAACUGGUUGCGGAUGCUGGGUAUUUUGGGAUGCUUGCUGCCCGAAUCGCACGUGAAAGCUAUCAUCGAUUUCGUGCUGAACACUUGCGCCAACGAAGAGGACGUUUGGGUGUUGGCGGAGGCGCUCGAUUCAAUGAUGGACAUUUUUGCCGACAAUGAUUGGCACUCCAUCAUGCAUGAGCUAGGUAUGAUAGCGAAGUGCAAGCAGCUGGAUCGCAUCAUGAGGGAAAAGUUGAAACGAGACAAACGACAGCUAGGGGACCGGUUCCCGGCAGUCAGUACGGUACGUACCAAUUUGAGUCGGUUUUGUAAAUAUUUAGAAACGGAAUUGAAAAACUUCAAACCAAACAUGGAAUCGUAACCGUGCUUGGAAGUGUUAGUGCAGAUCAAGUUCAAGUCAAGUUCAAGUCAAGUUCAUGUCAAGUCAGGUCAAUACAAUCUAUUAAAGCCAAUACAAACAAAGUUUGCAAGUACUGUUGAAUUAACGUUCUAAAUGCAUUAAACUUUGUUUUCAAUCAUGUGCCGUUUGGUUCGCUUAAAUCAUUCAUAUUUGAUUAUAAAUGCAUCUACAAUAAAAAUUGUAAUGCAUCUACAAUAAAAAUUGUAGUGCAAUCAGAUUAUUUUUCAAAAUUUA